AGAAAGAGUAAAACUAGAACCGAACCAUGAAGAAGACCAAAAAUAACAGAGAGGCACCCUAUUGUCCUGCGAAAAACACUAGACUUGGAAUGAGAAACACGCGUCCCAGGCCUGGUUUCUCCUAUGUCCCUGCAGAACCUUAAUUGCAAAUCAGAUAAAAAACUACUUGGUGAAAUGACUUCUUGUCAUAUUGCUGAAGAACCUAUUAAAAAGGUUGCUAUCUUUGGAGGAACCCAUGGAAAUGAGCUAACUGGGGUAUGUCUGGUUAAGCAUUGGCUAAAGAAUGGCGCUGAAAUUCAGAGAACAGGGCUGGAGGUAAAACCAUUUAUUACUAACCCAAGAGCAGUGAAGAAGUGUACCAGAUACAUUGACUGUGACCUGAAUCGCAUUUUUGACCUUGAAAAUCUUGGCAAAAAAAUGUCAGAAGAUUUGCCAUAUGAAGUGAGAAGAGCUCAAGAAAUAAAUCAUUUAUUUGGUCCAAAAAAUAGUGAAGAUUCUUAUGACAUUAUUUUUGACCUUCACAAUACUACCUCUAACAUGGGGUGCACUCUUAUUCUUGAGGAUUCCAGGAAUAACUUUUUAAUUCAGAUGUUUCAUUAUAUUAAGGUAAUGUUAAUGUUAUUAAUUUAUAAGUUAGCAAAGGACUUGUACUUUCUUGCUCUCUUCCUGCCCUUGGAAGCCCUGUACAUGUACCUUUAUGUGCACCAGUCCACACUGGCCUGCUGGAUGAUGGAAGCCGAUGAGGUGGAAAACUCAGGCACCCUCACAGACAGUCAUGCAACUCCCACUGACAGCCCAUCAGACAUAAGAAGAUUUUUUUACUUGGCAUUUAUACAUACUGUUUUUGUCAUAGGAAAAGAAUUUCCUUCCUGUACCAUUGAGGUCUAUAAAAUUAUGGAGAAAGUGGAUUACCCCAGGAAUGAAAACGGAGAAAUUGCUGCUAUCAUCCAUCCUAAUCUGCAGGAUCAAGACUGGAAACCACUGCACCCUGGGGAUCCCGUGUUCUUAACUCUUGACGGGAAGACGAUCCCACUGGGCGGAGACUGUACCGUGCACCCCGUGUUUGUGAAUGAGGCCGCAUAUUACGAAAAGAAAGAAGCCUUUGCAAAGACAACUAAACUCACGCUCCAAGCAGAAAGCAUUCGCUGCUCUUUACAUUAGAAAUCACUUCUAGCUCUUGUCGUGUACAUGUGUCUUACACAUUCUGCUAGUUUGUAAGCUCCUCAAGAGCAGGGCUGUGCCUUACUCAACUGCACACAUAGCUCCUAGCACAGUGCCUUAGCCGGUAGGCAUCCAAGCAAAUGUAUUAAAUUAAUUAAUAUAUCUUAAACAUACCAUAUUUUAAGUAUGUAGCUUAUUCAAAGAAGUGUUUCCUAUUUCUGUAUAGUUGAUUAUACAUACUACUUUGGUAGUUCAACAUUCUCAAUAAACAGCCUUGUAUUCAGAAUAUAACAUGGAAAUAGAGGUGUAUGUAUAAAGUUA